CAUGGGGAUGCUACAGAGGUGGUAACUGAAAAAUGGUCAUAAGUCAUUGUAAAUUUGAACAGUCAUUAAAUGAACUGUUGUAAGUUGAGAACUACUUGUACAAGUCCAUACUUUGUCAGCCAGAGAGUGCUUGAGUUGGGGAAGGCUAAUGCAGAUGUUGGAGGGGGUGAAAUUGCUGAAAUUAGGCUUGUUUAAUGUCCGCUAAUCAAUUUGUGGAUCCCACUACUGAGAUUUGGAGGUAUAUUUCAUGAACUUCAGCACAGUUUGGGGAGUUGAGCUUGAGGAAAGGAAAUGUUUCCUUCUCAGAUGUUUUCUGUUUUCAGUUUCCCUGUUAAUUUCUCCCCAAAACAAGGAAAAGAGUUGAAAUAGUGUCCUGUUUCCAGAAUCACAGUGCCACUCAAUGACUUGUAGCUGCCUCCAAAACGUGUAGAGCAGUGAUAGCAAUAGCAAUAACAGUUAGACUUAUAUAUUGCUUCAUAAUGCUUUACAGCUCUCUCUAGGCAGUUUACAGCGUCAGCAUAUUGCUCCAACAAUCUGGAUCCUCAUUUUACUGAUCUCGGAAGGAUGGAUGGCUAAGUCAACCUCGAGCAGUGGGUUAUCUAAGGAAUAAUUUAGCCUAGAUGUGUUUCUGCACUUCCUGGAAGAAUGGCAGAUGACAAAGAUGUACUCAGAGACGUGUGGUUUGGAAGAAUACCAACCUGUUUUAUGUUGUAUCAAGAUGAGAGUACCGAAAGAGAAGCGGAACCAUACUAUCUGCUUUUACCUAGGAUAAGCUACCUGACACUUGUAACUGACAAAGUGAAAAAACAUUUCCAAAAGGUUAUGAGACGAGAGGACAUUGGAGAAAUAUGGUUUGAAAAUGAAGGUACCCCUUUGAAAUGGCACUAUCCCAUUGGUUUACUAUUUGAUCUUCAUGCUUCAAAUGCAACCCUUCCAUGGAAUAUCACAGUACAUUUUAAGAACUUUCCAGAAAAAGAUCUUUUGCAUUGCUCCUCUAAGGAAGUAAUUGAAGCUCAUUUCAUGGCUUGCAUAAAAGAAGCAGAUGCCUUAAAGCAUAAGAGUCAAGUAAUCAAUGAAAUGCAAAAAAAGGAUCAUAAGCAACUUUGGAUGGGGCUGCAAAAUGACAAAUUUGAACAGUUUUGGGCUAUAAACCGGAAACUCAUGGAGUAUCCUGCAGAAGAGAAUGGAUUUCGCUACAUCCCAUUUAGAAUAUACCAGACAACAUCAGAACGACCUUUUAUACAGAAGCUAUUCCGUCCUGUUGCUGUAGAUGGACAGCUACAUACACUGGGUGAUCUCCUAAAAGACGUUUGUCCUGCUGCAAUUAAUUCUGAAGAUGGUGAAAAGAAGACUCAAGUGAUGAUUCAUGGAAUAGAACCAAUGUUGGAGACACCAAUACAGUGGCUAAGUGAACAUAUGAGUUAUCCUGAUAACUUUCUACACAUCAGUGUUAUUCCAUUGUCUGCAGAUUGAAGUGUCAUCAUGUUUUCUGAGGAUCAGCCAUUGUUGGGGACAGCAAUAAUGGGGAGAGUUCAAUAAAGCUUGGUGAGGUUGACCUGACCAAAAAUCCUUGCUCCUGCAAACUGAAUAGGAAGAAAGAUCCUUCAUAUGAUAACAGCAGUUGAGCUGGCCAAUUUUGCAUUUGCCCUUUUUCCCCCAAUGUCAUCAUUAACUUUGAAUGUGGCUCAUGACAGCUACUGCAAAUCUUCUAUUUUUCUAAUGGUAAAUAUGAAGUGGAGAGGAUGAGGAAUAAGUGGAAAUAUGCACCACUUUGUGUUUUUUAUUAAUCCAUAAAAGAGGGUGUUUCCCAAAGUUGUAAUGACUUACCUUUAAAAUAAAAGUCUGACUUAUUCUAGAAAAUUAGAUGAGUAUCCUAUAAAAAUUAAUGUGCGGUAUCUCUUUAGAAAAAAAGUGGCAUGCUAAUGUCCUUUCUCUGGGAUUUCAUACACAAAGUUUCUUUCCAUUUUUAUACUUGGCAACUGAAUUUUUAAACAACCACAUGUUUUGUAUUACAUAAAUUACAUUAACGAUCUUAAAUACAUUACUAGCAUCAGUAAUCUUACUGGCAUUAUUAUGCGUUAGUUCAAAAUAAUACUGAAACGUUUCUUGCAUAAUUUACUGUGAUAUUGAAUAUGCUCAGAUAAAUGUCUUCUUGAAUGCAUGCUGCAAGAUGAUUGGAUAAUUGGGUUCUCUUAUCAGCAGAAUAGCACCAUAGGUGGAAGGUUUUUUUCUUUUCCCCCAGCAGUUUCCUAUAUAAUCAACUAUCUGCUCUGGCAAGUCAAAGAACAAGGUUUAGUGAAAGUAGUGUGAAUAUAAAAAGGUGAGGGGGGGAGCUCUGUUAUAUGGCCAGAUGUCCAGUCAUAUGGCACUGAGCAGAGCCCCAAAACUACUGGACAAUAUAAUGUUUUUUUUAAAGAAAUAUUAGAAAUAUAUUGGUAUCAGUUAAGCGGGGGGAUCAUAUGCACCAAAAAAAGUUUGACAUUCCUUCUAAAUAGAUUGUAAAAAGAUUUUGGAAGAUUCAAGGGUUGGAUUUUUUUUCAAUUCUCAAAGAAAUAAUGGAUAGACAACACUGAAGACAUCUGACGACAUCUCAAGUGAGUUGAAGCCUCAGUAAGAGUCAAAUGGAGGAGUCCUUCUGCUUGCAACAAUACCUUCCGUCAGCUUAGGACAGGGGUGUCAAACUGCCGGCCCGCAGGCCGCAUGCAUCAUAGCGAAACUGCACCCACCCCAUUGCUGGCAAUGGUAAAGUCGUGACACGUCAUGUGACGUUGCAAGUUUGACAGCCCUGGCUUAAGAUAACUUUAGCAUAUUAGUUCUGGGCAUCUAACAUAAAACAAGGCAGAUAUCAUCUAUUAUCAUAGACACCUUUAUACACAAGGCCAUUUUUAAAUUAUGUGUUGUGUUUCUGGUCUUACUGGAGUUUGGGAUUUAUUUUUAUAAUCAGUGAUUUAAAAUUAUAUUUGGAAGUAUUAGAGAUUCCUUCAUAGUUUUGGCUCACAUUUGUUCCAGAACUUUUCAAAAGAAGCUUCUAGACAUAUACUUUGAAUAUAAUGAAGACUUACCAACAGUAGCAAUUGCCUUCUUUAUUCCAGUAGUAAAUAAGAGAAGUAAUGUUUGGGAAUAUGAAUGUGUACUGAAUUAUUACCUAACUGCCUUGUAUCAUCUUCUAAAUAAGAUUUUUUUCAUGGCCACUAGACAUUAUAAAAUGUAGAAUGUUUUCUUGAAAUAAAAUUUGCCAUUCUCAGAA